AUGAACAUCACCUCUAUCAGUCUUGCGACUCAAAUUCUUUGCGUUAUUGUCAUCACCAUCUUUGUCUCUUCCCGGUACGUUAUCAAGCAAAGGUUACGACUAUUCUUCGGAGUUGAAGAUGGUGGGUACACCGCCCUGUACUCUGGAAACAUGCUAAGAGAUCCUCUCAGUACUGUGCUUCAUCGCCUGGUUCUCACCAUUGGCAAGGUAUUCUAUGUCGCUGCCUUCUUCUAUGUCCCUAUGAUUCUCUUUGUCAAACUUGCCCUACUAUUUAUGCUGAUCCGCGUCUUCCAACCCCACAACAAUCAUUUCACAUAUAUCCACGUCUUCAUAAUACUCAUUAUAUUCUACUAUAUUGCUAUUUUCUUUGCCAAAAUCUUCAUCUGCAACCCCAUCCGCGCCUACUGGGAGAGCGAAGACAACAAAGCUACUUGUUUGAAUAAGUCCGCCGUGAUCGUCGCCGAUUCAAUCAUCAGGUGCAUCGCUGUCGCCUUUAGUUUAUACCGGCUGGUUCUCCUCUGCCUGGGAUUCGACAACCCUCAGGAUAUGUCACUCAUUCUGAGGAUUUUACUUACAGAUAACGCUGAGGGCGGACUGGGGCUGAUAUGUGCAUGUCUUCCAGCUUUGAAUAAGCUUAUCCACACCCUCAUGUGA